GAUAACUAAACAACUUAGCCAUUGACCCCGCCACUUCGGAGUUCGGGUCGCCUUCUCCGUCACAAAUUGGCACUCUUGCCUUCCUAGUCGCCGACUAUACCUGCCUUCAGUUUUGGUAGCAACCUUAUACAAACUACAAGCCCGAGGCCGGGCGUAGGGCCGCUCAUGUUUGGCGCAGUAAAGCUCAACCCAAGGCGCUCGCACUCCGGAGGGGAGGAGAACGCGCACAUCGCGGGCGAGGUAGCCAUGUCCAGCAAAAAGAAUCCCAUGUACGCACAGAAGGUCGACGAGGAGGCGACCGGCGAGCGGAGCUAUGGCCGCAGCGAGUAUACCUGGGACUUGCCGUGGCGCCUGCUAACAGUCAUCGGUAUUGUCAUCCUCCUUGCUGGAUUUGGUGGCGGCUUUGGAGCUGGCUGGGGGGCACGCGGCGUGAACCAGAACGAGGAGCCGUGCACGAUUCAGGUUUCGGGGACGGGCGGCAACCCGGCAGCGGCCGACAAUGUGGACAUCCUGCGGCAGUUCACGCCCUUCAAGAUAUCUAGCAACUCCAGCAAUAGUGCUGUUCAGUCGUACUAUGACCAGAACGCCAUCCUCAAUCCGGCCUUCCAUACCCUAUCCGUGGUCAUCACGGCGCUCUCGGGGAAGAAUGCCACUAUCGACCCCAACGUGCUGCGCAUCUAUGUGCUGGGCAAGUACGAGGGCGACCAGGACGUGGUCGCCAAGCUCUUCAACGUCGCGCAGCGGCUGCAGAUUUCGCCGGACUUCUUCGAGAACAUCCUGGAGAUUACCACCGGUCUCGUGGAUAUCUUCAACUAUAUCCGCGACAACAUGUCCAAGAUCGGCACCACGUCCGCCGCCUCCGGCCGCCGCGCACUGCUGCAGUCAUCCUCCAGCAACCAGCCGCUGCCGUCGCAGGUGCUGGCUGCGUUUAUCAAAAGCGGGCUGCAGAGCCCCACGCUGCAGGGCGCCCUGGGUGACCUGACACCCAUUUUCAGCGACAUCGACAACAUUGCCUCGCUGGCGGUGGACACCUACUUUGCCAUUAAGGACCUGGCGCAGCAGGUGGACAGCAUGGGCGUCGUGAUGAACAAUUACCACCCGGAGUCGCCCACCGCGCCGCCAUCGGUCACAGAGCCGCUCACCAUCGGCGGGUUCACCAACAGCUCGGUGCAGGUCACCGUCUCCUACGACUACCUGGUUGUGGGCGAGGCGACCGAAGACGCCGUUGCCACCGUGCCGAGCAACGGGCGCCGGCUUCUGCAGGACAACCAGAUUGUCAUCCCGCUGCCCGCCGGCUUCACGCCCCAAAAGCCCGCCGACCUGCCCAAUGUGCUCAUCCCGCUGGUCUUCCACGUCAUGCUCUACUCGAAUGGCGACGGCACCUACGGCCCGCCCGGCUACGCCAAUAGUCUGGCCAUGGCGCAGCGCAUGGUUGCCAUCGCCAACUACCGCCUGCAGCCCGCCAAAAUCCAGCUGUUCGUGCAGGAGGUGCGCGCCAGCCCCAGCUUCCAGUACAGCAUCAAGCCCAGCCGUGACGCCUGGAUCAACUGCGCCUCGCCCGGCUUUUUCUACGACCUGUGCGGCGAGGUGAUCCAGCCCUCGGCCGUGGACUUCCCCCGCGCCAUCAACAUCUACGUGGUCGGCGAGCAGCCGCCCACCGACUGGGUUGGCUACGCCUUCGCGCCCGGCGCCACCGACGACCCGUUCUACGGCCACAUGGGCCUGACCUGGACCACCUUCUCCACUGAUGGCGUCAACAACCGUGCCAGUUACGAGUCGGGCGCCUCAGCCCUGGUGCACGAGACCAUGCACCACCUGGGCAUGAUGCACACCUUCUCUGAUGGCACCUGCGGCGAUGACGACGCGCCUUCGGUGUCCGACACGCCCUCCACCAACGGCCCCGUGUGGAGCCAGCCGUGGGCCCAGAAGGCCUACAUCGCCUGCAUGAACGCCUGGUCCAAGUCGCUGUCAGCGAACUGGGACACCGCCAACCGCCAGGCCUCCCUGCGCGUGGGCAUCCCCGCCAACGACGCCAACUCAGCCUUCGACUCGUGCCCCAGCUCUGCCGGCGCUGAUGAGACCGCCAACUACAUCACCUACACCUACGACAUCUGCCUGCUGGUACUGGGCCACCUGACCUCGGGCCAGGUCGUUGCGAUGCACCAGAUCACCGCCGACAACAACCCCACGCUGUACGCCUGGGGCCAGUACUACGCUCAGAACCCGCCCGCCGGCUACACGCCCCCGGUCGUUGCCACGCCCUCUCCGUCGCCAUCCCCGUCCCCCAAGCCGAGCCCCAGCCCGAGCCCCAGCCCCAGCCCGAGCCCCAGCCCCAGCCCGAGCCCCAGCCCGAGCCCCAGCCCGAGCCCCAGCCCCAGCCCCAGCCCCAGCCCUUCUCCCAGCCCAACCACCAGCAACACCGGCUGCCAGUCCAGCACCAACAAGGGCUGCAAGUGCGUGAACAGCUGGACCUACCUCAACAACCAGUACAGCGACUGCGUGACCGUGCCGGGCGAGGAGAAGAAGGGCAACUGGUGCCAGGUCGACCGCAGCAACGGCAACUGCGCCAACGCCCGCAACGGCUGGUGGGACUACUGCACGCCCAGCUGCGGCACGAACCCCGCCCCCUCUCCCUCGCCGUCCCCCAGCCCGAGCCCGAGCCCCUCCCCUACUAGCACCGGUGGCACGCCCAGCUGCGGCGCCGGCGCCCCCACCAAGAGCGGCCUCACCUGUACCUCUGCCGCCUGGAAGGUCAAGGGCAGCACCACCACCUACACCGGCUGCGCCAACCCCACCAACGACCCCAAGGGCAACUGGUGCGUGCUGGCCAAGGGCCAGGCCACCGCCUCGGGCGCGGCCUGGGACUACUGCCUGGACAACUGCAACGCCGCCUCGCCCGCGCCCAGCACCGGCGGGGCCGUCACCUACCCCUACAACAAGCAGUGCAACCGCGGCUUCACGGGCCUGCCCAGCGGCUGCACGUGCGCGGACGGAUACGCCAUCAGCUUCACAGGCUACGGCACCAAGUACACCGGCCAGCGCGGCUGCACCGUGUUCCAGGAGACGGGCACCGGCAUGUGCGUCACGUCCAACUGCAAGGCCGCCAGCAACAACAAGAAGGCCUUCACCUGCGACUGCGCCGUCUAAGGCAGCGCCGCAACUGGCUGCAGGUGCAGGGCCUGCCCAGUGCGCAAGCGCUCUUGCUGUAGAUCAUCGAGCGCCGCCAUCGGACUGUGCAGGGUUGGCGCCAGCUUAGAGCAGACAGAAGAAGUGACAUUAUCGUAGGAUUAUGAUGCUAUAGCCUUCAGCGUGUUUAAGGGUGGGAAACGCUGUGCAGGUGUGUUGUGCAUCGCGCAGUCGCCAGAGUUCGCUGGAAUGCGUGCGCGACGCGUUGUUGCUAUUUCCCGUUCGGAAUAUGUCGUGCCGGACUGGCCUCAGGAUCCCAGUGUGGGCGGUAUUUGUUGAGCCGUACAUUAUUCAUCCUUCAUCACAUGCGUGCAGCAGGUGCACCGCCUUGGGUCACCUAGUGGCUUUGCAGCCCGAAGCCUGUUGUUGGAGUGUGCUAAUAAAUAAUCGUACCAGCGGAAAGUAGGGAGGCAGAUGGUACUACGCCCACGUGCUGCACCCAGCAGAGUACGCUCGUGUUGUUGUACUGAUGAGGGUAGGGAGGACACGCUGGUGGGUCGUGGUGUUUGGGACCUGCUCAGGCCCUAGGUGCAUUUCCCAAGCGCAGGAUUUGUGAGGGAACCUGAACUUAUGUCGCAUAAGUCGCCAUGACUGUCGCCGGGACCCACUGAAGUAGAAGAAGAUGCCAGUGGCCAAGACGCGUCGCGUCGAUACGGCAGACUUAUUAUUGAUUCAUCCCUUAAGUGUCGGUGUGGCCUAGCCGAUCUGAGUGCUAACGGUCAGUAACCAGCAGAUUGAAUUCCUUGAACAGUGAACUUCAUCUGUGCUACUGUAAGAAAGACGAGAGCUUCUGCCGUGUGAAACGAGGGACCUGGAUUUUGGGGGG